AUGGAGCCGCCGCGGGGCGACAGAGAUGUGCCGCACGACGAGCCCGAACCAGCGACCGAGACACUGCAGACAACUAGCUCUCGGGCGGACGAUGACAACGAUGACGAUGAGUUGGCCAAGUCGGCGAGCGAAGACGAAGAGUCGUUUGAAGAAAGCUUUAUGGAGGAGAGCGUCGAAGCGAGCGUGGAUCGGGGCGCCGACGUCCAAAGCGAGGCAGCCGCUACUGCGCACGACCCGCCGCCGACGCCAACGCCCGAGCCGGUGGCAGCACCCGAGCUGGUCAAGGCUCCGUCGGUUGCGACGCCGGCGCUGGAAGAGUCGAAUGUCGAAGAGAGCAUGGAAGAGAUUGCAUCCGAGGCCGAAGAGGAGCUAGAUUACUUUUCGGGUGGCGAAGACAGCGGUGACGACGAAGGGUUCUAACUUACAAUCUUUGAGGACAC